CCUAUUUCAGAGUGCUAGAUUAAACUUCUCAGAGCACAGGCUCUGUUUUCCUGCUGCCCAAGGCAGAGUUAUCCACAUUUACCUGAUCAUAGAACCACCUGAGACACCCCUCCCCUAGGGAGUCUGAUUCCUUUGGUUUGAAGAGGAAUCCCGAUGCCUGCGGUUUUAACAAGCGCCCAGGUGAUUCUCCUGCUCAGAAACUCUCAGAGUGGACAUCGGGACCCUUUGUCACAAGGAACAAUGCUGCCCCGAUGGGAACUGUCUCUUUACCUGCUUGCUUCACUUGGCUUCCACUUCUACUCUUUCUAUGAAGUUUACAAAGUCUCCAGAGAGCAUGAAGAGGAACUGGACCGAGAAUUUGACCUGGAGACUGACACUUUAUUUGGAGGAUUAAAGAAGGACCCGACUGACUUUGAGUGGAGCUUCUGGAUGGAGUGGGGGAAGCAGUGGCUGGUGUGGCUUCUCCUCGGCCAUGCGGCUGUGUCUCAGAUGGCCAACCUGCUUGCAAGGAAGCACAGACCCUGGAUCCUCACAGCCUAUGGAAUGUGGGCCUGCUGGUGUGUGCUGGGAGCCCCAGGUGUGGCCAUGGUUUUUCUCCACACCAUCAUCUCCUUCUGUGUAGCCCAGUUCCGGUCACUGCUCCUGUCAUGGCUCUGUUCUCUCCUCCUGCUCUCCACACUGAGGCUGCAAGACAUGGAGGAAGUUAAGAGAGGAUGGUACCAGACAGAAAAUGAGUACUACUUGCUGCAGUUCACGCUGACCGUGCGCUGCCUGUACUACACCAGCUUCAGCCUCGAGUUCUGCUGGCAGCAGCGGCCCGCUGGGCGCACCUCCUACUCCUUUCCCUGGCUGGUGGCCUAUGUCUUCUAUUACCCCGUCUUCCACAAUGGGCCCAUCCUCAGCCUCCCGGAGUUCAUCCGACAGAUGCAGCAGCAAGAGCGCCGCUCGAUGAAGGCCAGCCUUUCCGUCCUUGUGCUGGGGCUGGGCCGCCUCCUCUGCUCUUGGUGGUUGGCGGAGCUGAUGGUCCACCUUAUGUACAUGCAUGCCAUCUACAGCAGCACCCCCCUCCUGGGGGCCGUCUCCUCCUGGACCUUAGGAGGACUGGCGUUGGCUCAAGUGCUCUUUUUCUAUGUGAAGUACUUGGUGCUCUUCGGCGUCCCAGCUCUGCUCAUGCGCCUGGAUGGACUCACCCCGCCGCCCCUCCCUCGCUGUGUGAGCACCAUGUUCAGUUUCACGGGGAUGUGGAGGUAUUUUGAUGUUGGACUGCAUAAUUUCUUAAUCAGGUAUGUGUACAUUCCAGUGGGUGGGUCCCAGCAUGGCCUGCUGGGGACACUGUUUUCCACUGCAUUGACGUUUGCAUUUGUGAGCUACUGGCAUGGUGGGUACGACUACCUCUGGUGCUGGGCAGCACUCAACUGGCUGGGAGUCACCGUGGAGAAUGGAGUCCGGAGGCUUGUGGAGACCCCGUGCAUCCGGGACAGCUUGGCCCGAUUCCUCUCCCCACAAGCUCGCCGUCGAUUCCACGCUGCCCUCGCAUCUUGUUCCACCUCCAUACUGAUCCUGUCCAACCUGGUGUUUCUCGGGGGCAAUCAAGUUGGGAAAAUCUACUGGAAUAGGAUCUUCAUACAAGGCUGGCCGUGGGUGACCCUCUCUGUCCUGGGAUUCCUGUACUGCUAUUCCCAUGUGGGCAUUGCCUGGGCCCAGACCUACUCCAUGGACUAAUGCUGCCAGGCCAGCCUUUGCUGCCAGUCUCCAAAGCAAAUGGUGCUUCACCCCGACCUGGCACCCCAAGAUAAGCUCCAAAGGACCAGUGCUUGAUCUGCUAAUCUUUUGUUGAAGUUACCUUACUCCAAGACUGGAAACUUGAGCUCUCGUAGAAAAUUGACAAUCAGAGAGUCUUCUAACUAUGGGGACUUAGAGAUCACCUCCCCCCAGCCCCAUCAUUUUCCUGUUGAGUAAGCUGGGGUCCAGAGCAGUAGAGUGUCUUGCCUAGCUGCACAUGGUGACAUUAUGGUCUAGAACCCAGUCUCCAGAGCCCUUCAGGUUCUUUCUCCUUUAUCAAGAAUUAAAUGUAAUGGACGUUUCUUGACUGAGGCACAGAAAUCUUUAUUAAUGAUAGACCUUUCCUCUACUGGGCAGUAUUUCUGAAACAUUUUGGUGAUAUUUAAGUGACCCCUUCCCCAUGUCCGGCAAUGUAGUCUCUAGAAUCAGCACUGGGGUUUGAGCUACACACUUCAGCUCCUCAGCAGGGAGGUGACAAAGCCACAGCUGUGUUUCUAGUUACCCAAAGAAGAUAGACUAUGUUCUGUGGCAUUCCAAGGAGUCAGUACCCCAGGAGAUCUGUUCUUUGAACUUCAUCAGGGUGAUCUACGUUUGGCUGCUUGUUUCCUAGAUUUGCAGAGAAGUAUAAACAUGGCAGUUCCUCUACCUGACAAUUAAUCAUUUCCCAAUAAAGGAACAGAAUUAAAAAAUCCAGGGAAUAGUGUAUCCACAGACGGGUGCUAUCAAGCAAGUCACAAAGGGGAAGGAUGGUUUCCUGUGGUUUUCUCUCCUCUCUCCACCCAGCGGUCAUCUUCCCACUCAGCGGUUUAUAUUUUGUUUCGAGUAAAGUGGAGCCUUUUCUAUCA